GGUCGAUUUCCUGCCGGAAAUCUAUUGCUGAGCUUUGCCGUGUUGUGUGCUGGCACUUCAAUAAGGAAGGUGCUUUUGGUGUUUCGACAUAUGGGUUUGUUGGUUUAUCACGAACCAACAUACUAUUACCACCAAAGGCACCUCCUUAUUCCAUCUGUAGUGGCUUUCUGGCGAAAGUACCAGAAGAAACUACUAGAUAUGUUGAAAGACCAAGAAGUUGUGCUGGCUGGCGAUGGUCGCCAUGACAGUAUGGGGCACUCGGCCAAGUAUGGAACAUACACAAUAUUUUGUUGUACCAUUGGUUUAAUCGUCCACAUUGUUCUUGUGCAGGCAAAUCAGGCAGGCAGCAGCUCAGGCAUGGAGUUCCUAGCCUUCCAAAAGGCCUUCACUUUCCUUUUAGGCACAGCAACACUUCUUUGACAGCUGGCAUAUUGCAAAAAGUAAGUUAUGUUUUCACUAUCAAUGUCAUUUUUGGUCAGCAUAGGAACAAUUAG